AUGAUGAAGGAAUAUUGGCUAGCGUCUUUUAUAGCGGUAUCGCUGACCGCUUUCCUCGUAGGAAGUGACGAAAUACGUUUGCCUGACCAGGAACGAAGUUCCGGCGGGCGAGAUGGAAAAAGUUUGCUCGAUUGGAUUGGCUUAGGCAAUGGGCCAGACCAGGACCCGUACGUGGCCCGAACUAACACGGCAUGCUUGAGCGGGGAUCUGGCCGAAUGCUUCAAGAGUCAAGCUCUCACCAGCUUUACCGAAUUCUUCUCAAAGGAAUAUUAUCAUUUAACGGAAAAUGUGCGAGUUAUUCGUAUGCCGGAAACCCAACUACGAUCUCUGUACAGCGAACCUUAUGAAUUUUCUUCGGAGCCAAGAGCAACUGAUUCUGAAUGGGACCAGCUCGUUAAAUUUGGUUUGCGUAAAGUUGAAAAAUUCAUCAAGUCAGCAGCUUUCGAAAUUAGCGUAUCAGAUGAUGUAACAGAAGAAGGUAGAUACUCACCAAGAUUUUUGGAUGAAAUUGCUGAUGAAAUCGAUGUUCUUGAAGAUAAGAAAGCACCCCUAUUCUCUCGCAAGCGUCUCAGGAAGUUGUUCAUCCCUAUGCUCAUUAUUUUGAAACUGUUCAAGCUGAAACUGUUAUUGUUUUUGCCUUUAAUCUUGGGACUUGCUAGCUUCAAAAAACUUCUUGGCUUCUUCGCGAUCAUCAUUCCAGGCAUAAUCGGUUUCUUCAAACUUUGCAAACCAAAUUUGACAUCUGGUGCAUUUGCUGGUGGAUACGGUAAUGCGGGUUCAUAUCAUUCGGCUGUUCCUCAGUACUCGCUCACGGGGGUCAGUGUGCCAAGCUUCAGCAGCAGCGGCCCUGAAGUACCGUAUGGCCUCCACCAUCCCGGGUCAUACUACCGGGAUGAAAGGCCCUCGUCACUCUACAGCCACAACAACCAUCAAGGAUUCAGCGGUACCUAUGGCCGAGACAAUUCCGCCUCCACAUCAAGUACGAUAGCAUUCCGUGACGACAACAAUGCGGCCGAAUCGGCGCAGCAGUUGGCCUACAGCGGCUAUUCCGAAUACAGGAGUAAAAACAAGAGCCAAUAG